AUGGGUAUAUCUUGCAUCACAAGAAACACCUGUUCCAUGCUUCCUCUACUUCUUCUUCUUAUGAUUUUAUUCAUCAUCCCUUUAUCUUCUUCCUUUGCUCCCACAGACAUCGUCACAAAAGACCUCCUCAACGAACUCUGCUCACAAUCAACAAUUGGCAGUCGUAACUUUUGCGUCAGAUGGCUUACCGCAGAUAAUCGAACGACCUCAACGAACAUUCAGGGCCUUAUCGAGCUCACAGUCGAAAACACUCGAGCGUUUGGUCAGAAAAAUAUAGAAAUGAUGAGAGGAUACGCAAGACGUUCAGGUAAUGACACGCAGCUCAAGAACGCUUAUGAGUCAUGCACCAAUAGUUAUGGCAUAGCGAUCAAAGAGCUUGAGGGAGCUCAAGCGUUGUUGAGAAACAGCUCUUACCAGCUAGCAUGUUACGCUGCUUCUAAAGCACUUGAUUAUGCUUAUUCAUGCAAAGAUCAGUUCGAGGGACCUUCUAAUGAACCGGCUUUUGUAUUAAAACGCAGUGAGAAGUUUGUCGGAAUGUGUCACAUUGCUAGGGAUUUCACUAGACUUUUCAAUUAA